GAUCCCGGACUUUCCCGACGGAUUAAACGUGGCAUUCCCUUCCCUCCAGCCUCCGUAACAGACUUAAAAAUAGCUUGCUCCGGGGGCGCUGGGGAGAGUCUCCACCCUCCUGCGGGGGAGGUGGGGCUGCGAUCCCCGGAGCCGGCGGCAUCGCAGACCCCGGGCCUCCAGCUGCUGGCGCGGAAGGCUCGGGGGCCCGCGGGUCUGCAGGUCUGCGGCACGGAGUUGGGCUGCUCCGCGUUCUCCCCGCCGGGGAGGUAGUCCAGGCUCUAGGCUCCGGGGGGUGCAUCCGCGGCCCGCGUGGCGCGGGCGGUUCCGGGAACUGCCUCCCGGCGGUGGGGGCGGUGGAGCGAGCCGGGAGGCGGGGCCGGGGCCAAGCUGGGGAGCCCGCGACUCUGGACAGCUGCCGGCUCCGGCGGCACCCAGGUGUGGGGAAGACAGUCCGCUGAUGCCUGGAGAAAGCACAGUGUGACUGCCCUUUGGGGUGUGUAGUUUCCAGGUAAUCUGCCACACUCUCUUUGGGCUUUGUCUCCCGCCAUCCUAACCUGGAUGCCGGCUGUGCAGUUGAGUCCCGUUCAGCUAAGCCCCGUGGAGAUACAGAAGGGAUUUCAGGUCCCCAGCACUGAUCCUGUUGUGAUUUGCCGUCAAAUUUCAGUUCCUGCAGUUUGAUCAAGAAAUCUGAGGCUUUCAUAAGCGGCCAGUGGGAUCAGGUUGUGGACACAUACUGUAACAAAUCCAGCAUUUUGUUCCCAGCAGUUGCUGAUGCUCUGAUGCUGCUGCUCAAGGACCACACUUUGAGAACUGCUGCCUAAUUGGAUCCUGGACACUAAGAUUUUGUUUAUGCAGUUUCUGAUAUAAUCAGUACUGGAAGGCUGGAUCUAAAGGUCCCAAGAGAGAAAUGGGCCAGAAAAAAAGAGAUCUGGGAGUUGCUGAGGAUCAGCCUAAAGCAGGCCUUUGGUUGCUGAAGCUGUGGGCCCUCUCUCAGCUCCUGUGCCUGCUGCCGUGGCCUUGGUGGCACCCUCCCUUGGUGGGCGGCCCAGGGCUUCCUCAGCCCAUGCAGUCCCCAGCUACCCCUGCUGAAGGCCUCAGUGGCACCUUCUUUGGGGCCUACCCCCUGCCUACCUUCAAGUUCCAGCCUCGCUCUGAGAGCGUGGACUGGAGGCGCAUUAGCGCCCUGGAUGUGGACCGUGUGGCGCGGGAGCUGGACGUGGCCGCCCUGCAGGAGAACAUCACCGGGGUGACCUUCUGCAAUUUGGACCGAGAGGCAUGCAGCCGCUGUGGGCAUCCUGUGGACCCGGUGCUGCUCAAGGUGCUGCGCUUGGCCCAGCUCAUCAUUGAAUACCUGCUGCACUGCCAGGAUUGCUUGAGCACCAGCGUUGCCCAGCUGGAGGCCCGGCUGCAGGCCAGCCUGGGCCAGCAGCAGCGUGGCCAGCAGGAGUUGGGGCGCCAGGCCGACGAGCUCAGGGGUGUGAGAGAGGAGAGCCGACGGCGUCGCAAGAUGAUUGGCACCUUACAGCAGCUGCUCCUGCAGACAGGGGCCCACAGCUACCACGCGUGCCACCUGUGUGACAAGACGUUUAUGAAUGCCACCUUCCUCCGGGGCCACAUCCAACGCAGGCACACAGGCACAGCAGAAGGCGAGAAGCAGAAGAAGCAGGAACAGCCAGUGGAGGAGGUGUUGGAAGAGCUUCGGGCCAAGCUAAAAUGGACCCAAGGAGAGCUGGAAGCCCAGAGGGAGGCGGAGAGGCAGCGGCAGCUGCAGGAAGCAGAGAUCACCCGUCAGAAGGAAAUAGAAGCUAAGAAAGAAUUUGAUGAAUGGAAAGAAAAAGAGCGGGCCAAGCUAUAUGAGGAAAUAGACAAGCUAAAAAAAUUAUUUUGGGAUGAAUUUAAAAGUGUUGCCAGCCAUAACUCUGCGCUAGAAGAGAAACUGAAGGUGCUGCAGUCCCACAGUGUGGUGGAGUCCAAUCUCGGGUCACUGCGGGAUGAGGAGUCUGAGGAGCGACUCAGGCAGACUCAGGAGCUCCAGGUCCUGAGAGAGAAGAUGGAUAUUCAGAAAGCAGAAUGGAAGAGAAAAAUGAAGGAACUUCAGGGAAAGCAUGCAGCUCAGAAGCAAGAGCUGCAGGAGCAGAACGAGAUGCUCCGGGCCUCCCUGUCUCAGGAUCAGAGGAAAGCAGCUGCCCGGUCCCAGCGCCAGAUCAGUGCUCUCUGCGCCCAGCUCCAGGAACAAGCCAGGCUCAUUGCCUCCCAGGAGGAGAUGAUCCAGACCAUGUCUCUCAGGAAGGAGGAGGGGACCUGCGAGGGCCUGAAGGCUGUGGUCACAGAAGACUCUUCUGAGGAAGAUCUGGAGGACUCCCGAGACGGACAGCAGAAUGUGCUGGCUGCUCUGAGGCGAAACCCCACCCUGCUGAAGCAGUUCAGGCCAAUCUUGGAGGACACCCUGGAAGAGAAACUGGAAAGCAUGGGGAUAAAGAGAGAUGCAAAGGGAAUCUCCAUUCAAACUCUCAGACACCUUGAGUCCCUCCUGAGAGCCCAGCGGGAGCAGAAGGCACGGAGGUUUUCUGAAUUUCUGAGUCUGAGGGAAAAGCUUGUCAAGGAAGCCACCAGCAGAGUGAAGGAGGGACAGAGGAAGAGGGCACCAGCGUCCCAGCCAGACACCAAGGCUCCAGUCAAAAGCCAGCAGAACACAUUGGUCAUCAAAGAGGCACAGACGAAGUCCAGGACCCUGCAUGUGGCAUUGCCAUCCAAACCAACAGAGCCUCCCACGUCGACUCUUCAGAGCCGCAGCAGCCAUGGCCCCGGCCUGGCCCACAUGCCCACCCCCGCUCCACGUCCCAGAGCACAUGGACGCUCCAGCACCCCUGCUUCCCCAGGGCCUGGGCUGAGUACGCCCCCGUUCAGUUCUGAAGAGGACUCGGAGGAGGGAAAUUCGGUGCAGCGGACAUCCCUCCAGCCCCCACGAGGUCCCUCCAGAAUGGGGUCCCGGCCAGAGGAUGAUUGGGACUGGUCUGACACUGAGACCUCGGAGGGGAGUGCCCAGCCCCCUAACAAGGGCUCAGGUGGGCUGGCUUCCUCAGGAACACUAGUGCAGUCGCUGGUCAAAAACCUUGAGAAACAGCUGGAAGCUCCAGUGAAGAAGCCCUCUGGAGGGGUCAGUCUGUUCUUACUGCCUAACACUGGGCCCCAGAGGUCUGCCGUGCCGGGAAACAAGCCUCAGCUUUCUGAUGCUGAGAGUGACUUGGAGAUUUCUUCCUUGGAAGAGCUCCCCCAGGACCUGGGCCAGAGAGAAAAAUCAAAGAUCCUGUCUCGCUCAAAGCCACCGGAGAAGUCUGAUGCCAGCCCUUGGAGCCCUGGCCGACCCAGGGUCCCUGGUUGGUGAUCCUGCCCCAGAGGCGGGCUCCCUGAACAGAAGAGGCUGCUAGGCCUCUUGUCUUCGCCAGUAACCAAGAGAUCUCCUUUGGAAAGAAGCAGAGCAGAAGUUGGAUAUAAUUUCUUCCCUCCCACCUGUCCUGCUUCCAAGCACCAGGGGUGCUUGUUGCCCCUGGGUCCCAAGGCUUGAGAAAGGGUUAUAAUGAGUUAUAAAGGGUUAUAAUGAGCAGUCUCCUUUCCCACCUCCAUGUUCACUCUGGCCUGAAGGAGCCCCUUGAUCUUUAUUUGCUGGCAUUUUGUAAAUCUGUGGGAAGACUGUGUAGAUGAGUUACCUGCAGGGUAACACUCAUGGUGAGUGUCUUUGUGGGGACACAUGCCUCAGUCAGUCAUUCAGUGACUGAUUCAAAGUCAUUUACUGAGUGCUUGCUCUGUGCCAGGCCCUUCAGCCUCUCCCUGCUGAAUUGGGGUGCUGGCAGAGGUGACUGGGGUGGAAUUACAGGGUGCUAAACUAGUGACAGAGCUUAGGGUGCUAUGGUAGUAGAGCCCGAGCCAGCCAGUGCUGUAAGGGGAGGUCCUGGAGAGGGUCUCAGAGCUGAUGUCUGGCUGUGCUUCCACAGUGGCAGGAGGGAGGGAAAGCCACCUGGAUGGGACCCCGUGCUCAAAGACCCACAAAUUUAAUUUUUGAUAUUACCUCCAAAAUUAAGUUAUCUAUGCCACCACUGUAUUUUUUUAAUGUGAAGAGCUUAAUUUAUUAUAUGUGAACAUUUAAAUAACACAAUGGUUACAA